ACGCACAGUUGCUCUUGGAAAUUCUGCCGGACAAAGGAAGGACGAAACGGAGGCACCGAAAAUCCUUCGGACACACGCAAGAGCUCGCAACUCGACACCCCAACAAAUCUACUUUGUUGCCUGCUGUUGUUGUUUGUUCAGAUACAGUAGAUCACCAUGGGCGGCCAUCACCACAGCCCCGAGGCAAUGCCUCGCAAGGACCAAGAUCUCGAUGCCAUCAAGAAGGCCAAGAUUCCGCUUGGAUACCGAGACACCUGUUCGCAUCUCUUGAUCCAGCUCAACGAAUGUCGCCGUCAAACAUACUUCAAUCCCCAUCAGUGUUCACACCAACGUCACACAUACGAAGAGUGCCAGUACAUUUCCUGGUUGCAGCGAGUAGAAGACAAGAAGGAACAUGUUGCCAAGAUGAAGGCCGCUGCGGCUCUGGAAGGUUAAAAGCGUCAUCGAGGUUUGUUGUUGUUGUCGGCAGCACAAUAGGGUUAGGGUUACCCAUGAGCCCGAACCCCAAUGGCACUGCAGAAACAAUCAAGUAGUCUUCAUGUAGGCUGCUACUUUGUAGCGCAGACUCGACUCUCUAGUAGUAGCUGCAUAGUAGCUAAAACCUAUUAGGUGUAUGUAUCUAUGCGCGCUUG